AUGGCCAGCCAAUCCACCACCGAGGUCUCGCACCUCGACGCACGCCUCGUCUCCAAGACCCUCCCCAUUGUCCUGCGCACCAUCCAGCCCGCCGACGCCGCGCGCUUCGCCGCCAUCCUGUCCGACCCGGCCAACGCCUCGGACCCGCACGCCAAACCGCUCGACGCCGCGACCGCCGCGGCCAUCAUCGCCAAGCAGCGCGAGUCGGCCGCCGCGCCCACCGUCCUGGACCUUGCGACCGAUGCCGUCCUCAGCGGGCCCAGCCGCAUCAACAUGGUCGUUGAGCUGCUCGACGGCCACCACGUCAUCGGCCUCGGCGGCUACGGCGCCAUCAAGAACUGGGUGCGUGACGGGAAGCCGCUGCGCGCCGGCGACGUCGGCGCCAUGAUUGACCCUGCGCACCGGGGCAAGGGGUACGCGACCGAGGCGAUCCGUCUCGCGGUGGACUGGGCGUUUGCGCCGGCGCGCGAGGGCGGCCUGCAGCUGGACCUGGUGACGAUUACGACGGGCGAGGAUAAUGCCGCCAUGGUGAAGCUGGCGGACGAGAAGCUCGGCUUAAAGGGCAAGGGCACCCAUCGUCCGUCGCAAGAGGAGGGGGGGGAAGAGGUGACGGAAGUGUAUUAUGAGCUUACGAAAAAGGACUGGCAAGAGGUUUCUGCUUAA